GUUGCGUGUUCGAUUCACGUCGGGUUCAAUAUCCCGAUUCCGGAAUUUUUUAUUUUUUUUUAAAUUUUAUUACUAUCUUCCUUCCUUCCUUGUCCAACAAAAACCCUAACCCUGUACUAUAUUUUAUACACAUUUCUCCCUCCUCCUCUAAAUCUCCAAUUGUUCUUACUCUCUCUCUCUAUCUAAAGUUCUCCAUAUCAAUGGCUUUAUUCAAAAUGCUUCGUCUGAACAAUUUCCAACGUCGACAUUUCUCAUCAAUCCUAAACCCUAACUCCACGUCUCCACUCAGCAGCAAAGAGAAGUCUCGAGCUGCUCUCUCCCUCCUCAAGUCCGAGAAGAACCCAGAGCGCAUCAUCGACAUUUGCCGCGCCGCGUCGCUGACUCCCGACCUCCACCUCGACCGGAUUGCCUUCUCCAUCGCCAUCUCCAAGCUCACUGACGCCAAUUACUUUGAGGGCAUUCGCUUGUUCCUCGAAGAACUCAAGACCACCCGUCCUGACCUCCGAAACGAGCGUUUCUUGUCGCACUCAAUCAUCCUCUACGGCCAAGCGACCAUGCUCAAUAAUGCCAUCCAAACGUUCGACCAAAUGCCCGAACUGGGAAUCCAGCGGACUGCGAAAUCCCUCAAUGCCCUGCUGUUUUCUUGCAUCGCUGCGAAGAAUUAUGGAGAGGUAAAGCGUAUAUUUCUUGAAUUCCCUAAAAAAUAUGAAAUUGAGCCAAAUCUUGAUACAUAUAAUACUGUUAUUAAAGCCUUUUGUGAGUCGGGUUCCUCUAGUUCAGUGUACUCGAUAUUAGCUGAGAUGGAUAGGAAGCAUUGUACACCCAAUGCAACAACAUUUGGGACUUUAAUUGCUGGGUUUUACAAGGAGGAGAAGUAUGAGGAUGUUGGGAAGGCUUUGGAAAUAAUGAAAAAUCGUGAUAUGCAUCCGGGUCUUAGCAUAUAUAACAUUAGGAUUCAGAGCUUGUGCAAGCUUAAGAAAUCUAUGGAGGCAAAAGCUUUGCUUGAUGGGAUGUUGUCCAGGAAUAUGAAACCAAAUUCAGUUACGUAUUGCCAUUUGAUUCAUGGGUUUUGUAGGGAGGAUAAUUUGGAUGAAGCCAAGAAAUUUUUUAAGAAAAUGAUUAACAGUGGGUUCAAACCAAACAGUGACUGCUACUUCACUCUGGUUCACUUCCUAUGUAAAGGUGGGGAUUUUGAAUCUGCAUUGGAGUUUUGUAAAGAAAGUAUGGCAAAGGAUUGGGUUCCAAAUUUCUCGACCAUGAAGUCACUUGUGAAUGGGCUUGCUAGCAUUUCCAAAGUUGACGAGGCACAAAAGCUUGUUGGGCAGAUGAAGGAGAGAUUCCCAAAGCAUGCUGAUAUGUGGGAUCGGAUUGAAAUGGAUAUGCCUGAAUAGAGAAUCAAAACAUGGUAUGCAAUGUUUUUGUUACAUAAUACCAUGGAAAUAAAAUUGAAAAUCAGGGUGGAAAAAGGGCUUCUCAAGAGAAAGUUGUCUCUUUCGCUUCACUUGUUGAAUUGUUGAACUAUCUGGCACUCGUUGCCUUUCAAAUUUCACAACAGUGAUGCUGUUGUUGGAUAGUUUCUCAUCAAUUAUGUCUUCUUCUUGACCUGGUUUGUUUUAUUGGUAGUCACUUUGACAGAAACUUCAUGCUUAUCAUGCUGUGUUUUCUGCAGAUUUUUUUCUUAAUUUUAAGAAAUUUGGUCAGAGGUUGUAUCUUAUUUAAUAUAUAACUCAAAGAGAAACGCUUCUAUCUAUGUUUGAUAUUGUGUAAAUCAUCGAUUAUUGAGUUGUACCUUA